CGAAGGAAAAAUCAGUUAAUUUUUUAUGCGAUACAAAUUUAACUUGGAUAUCGGGAAUCACUUUGUACCAGGUGAUUAAAUCUCUGUAAAAGACAAGACCAUUUGAAUUGAAUAAUAAUUGAAUAAAGAAUUAAUGAAAACUUGAGAAAGAAGGCCGUAUUUCAACCGUUUUUUUGCUAUCAAAUCUACCUCUAAAUAAGAAAUUCGUUGUUGACACAUUGUGAGAAAGAAUCAUAUCAUAAAUUGCAUCUUAAAAGAUUCGCUCCAUAGCUAUAUCGAUGGCGAUUAAAGAAUCUCACAAACCAAACAUUUAUCAAACAUGGCAGCCCUUAAUAAUGAUUGCCGAUUAUUAACCGAAGGGGAGAUGAACAGUGGUGGAUAUUUACCGAGUCGGAUGACAGGAAUAAUAUCUACACGGUACAGGCUUUCAUAACGCUUCGCACGAGGCUUUUUGCUAUGUAUAUUAUUGCCCAUCCAUGUCUUGUUUUUUUUUUUUUUCACCUCUAUCAGGAUAGAAACAAAAAAGAAAUUCCCCGUCAAUUGUUGAUAAAAUACGGAAUUGUGUCAACUAUCUAGGCACGCUUGCAUCAAUGGGUCAGAAAUAACUAUCAGCUGAAAUGGUCCAUUUAAUUCAUGAAGUGCCACAUUUAAUUCCUCCUUAAAAUCAACGCUUAUUCAUUUUAAAAUAUAUCGAUUUGACUAGAGGCUUGUAUGCAAGUUAUUUCAACCCCAGACAGGUGUCUAAAUAUGUCUGAUAGGGGUGUCAUGAAAAGGACAUUUAAAUUAAAAACUUAGCAAAAUUUACAAUUAAGUGUCAAGUUGAGAAGAGGCUACAUUAAAUUUCACUAAAACCGUAAGUAAACUAUAAUGGGGCAUUGGAUAUUAUGCACUGCACCUUAAAGAAAGUUUUUAAAGGAAUCUUUUGACUUUCAACAGAAUGAAUAUCUCUUUAGACAGGAAAACAAUUCUUGAGGAAUCACUUAGAGACAGACAGAUAGGGACAGUUAUUUUUGAAACAACUUCGGCCUUCAUUAUCGCAAUAUUGGCACUGAUGGGAAACAUAACUCUGUGUUUGGCAUUUUACAGAACUUAUGCGCUCCGCCGUAUCCAGAACUACUACAUAAUUGCAUUGGCUGCAUCAGACUUGCUGUCAACGAUUCUCUGUCUUCCUCUGGGGUUAAUUGUGGUGAUUCUAGGAAGAUGGCCAUUUGGAGACGUGAUUUGUCAGAUUCAAGGCAGUCUAACAUACUACUUUGCAUGUUUUUCAGUAAUAACCAUGACACUCAUAGCGGUCAAUCGUUACAUAAAAAUGAUGCAGUCCGUGAUUAUUUACCAGAGGUUUUACACAAAAAGCAAAGUUCUUAUUUCUAUCGCGUUUUGUGCAAUCUUUUCUGGAAUAUUUAUAGUUCCAUUUGUUUCCCAACGAUUCUGUUUCCAUCCCGGAAAAUGCGCGUGUUUCGCUUGUAAGAGUCAAGACAGUGAAAAUCAAGCAGUUCUCAUCGUACCAUACACUGUAAUAAUCACCAUGACUUAUCCAGUCAUUGCAUUUUGUUAUUACAAAGUGUUCCGCAAAGUUCAUCUACAUUUCUCGCAGAUUGCACCUUCAAAUAUCCACGUAAACAAUGAGAAAUCAUACGCAGAGGAAGUGAAAAUCACGAAAAUUCUCUUCACCGUGCUGAUCGCUUUCGUAAUAUGUUGGACUCCAGCUUUUAUAAUUGAAUUUCUCGACAAAUUUCAAGGCCAGUACAAGCUUUCUCGUCAAGUUUAUCUUAUUAUGCCGUUCACGGGAGCAGCGAAUUGUGCUGUCAAUCCUUUGAUAUAUGGUUUGCAAAGGAGGAGAUUCCGGGAGGCUUACAUAAAUGUACUAAAAUGCAGAAACUAAUAUCUUGACGGAUACAGAAUCAUAGAAUUGCUUCAAAGACUUUUUUGUUUAUAAUUCAAUUACUUCUUCUGCUUUAUUUUUAACCACCAGUCAUGUCAAGUAAUUAGGUCUUAUGGAAAUAGAAGAUAACAAGCCGCACUUGCCACAUAAUUGAGCUAAGAAUAAAUCAGAAGUUAC